AUGAAGCGGCUGUUCGGCGCCAAGAAGGACCAGGCCCCGGCCCCAACAUUGACGGACGCGAGUGGGAACAUCCAAAAUCGGGGGGAGACGCUUGACGCCAAAAUUGCAGCACUGGAUGCACAGCUGUUGAAGGCAAAGGAUGCGAUAAAGAGAACAAGACCGGGGCCCACACAGGAGACUGCGAAAAGAAGAGCUCUUACUAUCUUGAAACAGAAGCGGCUGUAUGAGGGCCAGCGGGACCAGUUGUACCAACAGCAGUACAACAUCGACCAGGUCCAGUUUACAACGGAGUCGGUGAAGGACACUGUGUCCACAGUGCAGGCCAUGAAGAGCGCCCAGAAGGAGUUGAAGACGGCCAUGAAGGCCAAGGAGUUCAACGUUGGCAAGAUUGAGAAGAUGCAGGAUGACAUGGCAGACCUCAUGGACAUGCAAAACGAAGUCAAUGAGGCUCUGGGCAGGACAUACGAUGUGCCAGAUGAGGUUGACGAGUCAGAUCUGAUGGAAGAAUUGGAUGCUCUUGAGGACGAGCUGGCCCUGGAAUCUGACCAGCAGACAGCCGAUGCUGUUCCUUCUUACAUGCAGGCCAAUGAGGGCGCUGCGAUGCCAGCAGCGCCCAUGAACCUUCCCGUGGCUCCUCAGGCCCAGGCCCAGCCCCAGGACGAGUACGGGCUGCCUGUUCUGCCACAGAGGAACUAG